AUGGCGGGGCCUGAGGCGCGCGCGUCAGCGCUCGAGGACGGCCUGGACGAGGAGGGCCACUACUACGACUUCCUAAGAUUUUACAAAAGGGGUGAAGUCUGCGAUCGGAACAUUCGCUUGAAGAUCCUGGACGAGAGCAAGGAAGGACCCGAGGCGGCGGGGUGUGAAGAGAUACCCGUGAGCUCAAUCGUCCUCGCUGCGAAGAGCCUGGUUCUGCAGAAGAUGAUUUUUGCAGGGAUGCAAGAGUCGGACAAGGGCGCUCCAAUGAGCAUCAAAGUCACAGCGGAAGAGAAGGAGGCGUUCAAGGAGAUGCUCCACUUCCUCUACGCCGGCAGCCUCUCACCCCGGUUGCACGACCCGGCCACCGAUGUGCGCGAGGUCGUGCGGCUUCUCGUCGUGGGCGACAAGUUCGAGGUCCCUUCUCUGAUGGGCGCCGUUCUAAAGUGCCUGAGCAAGCGCGAGAAGAGCAUUCCAGACAGCGCCGUUCUCGUAGAGCAGCUUCCGGAGACGCUCUUCCAAAUUGGAAGAAUCAAGAAAGUAGCGGACGAGGCACGUGCCCACAUCAUCGAAGCGUUCAAGGACGUCAGCAUGACGUGGAAUUCUGAGAUUUUUGAGUUUUUUGAGUCGAACCCCAAUGUGAUGGAGAUUCUGCUUCAGUCCGAGGAGCUCGAGGCCGACUCUGAAGAGGAGAUUCUCGAGAAGGCGCUGAGCUGGAUCAGAGGUUGCUACCAGUCUGAAAGCGAAAGGAGACACGUGGUCUCUAAACUGUUGCCGCAAGUUCGGUUCUUUUGCUUGAGCGGGGAGUAUCUAGAGAGGCUGCUCGCGGUUCCGGAGAUGCAAUCAAAGCCCACUCAAGCGCUGAUCAACGCCGCUCUGCGGUUCCGAGCCUACUCGGACGCGAAGAAAGAAGUCGUCCGGAAAGCCUUCGUGCAAAGAAAGGGCGUGCGUGAGGUCCAUCUCGAGAUCAUAAACGACUUUGUUCUAGGCGAUCAGAGAACAAGGAUGACGUCGCGGUCGGCAUUAUGGUUUGGGAAGAAAUGGUACAUCAUGCUAUCAAGGAAGGGUGAUUCGGUGCGCACCGUGGGUGUUUUCUUGUGCUGCGAAGUUGCUUCCGAUAGUUUGCACGGGUCCUCCAGCACCGUGGACGAUGUUGAGACGAAGUUUUUUGUGAAGAUCUGGCCGGAAGGCAUCUGGAAGUCAUGUGGCAGUGUGGGUCGGACAGCGCUCAAUGGUUUACUAACAGGAGGGAAGCUUAGCGGCUGUGGCCCUGGAAAUCCACUGAAGACCUCCUGGGCGGACGCAAGACGGUCCGAAAGACUUCUAGGCAGCACGGGUGCCGUUACUAUUAGGGUAGUUGCCCGUCGCUUCCAAAGCUCUGAGGAUUCGCAGCAAUGGGCUCAUCAAACCCUUUGA